AUGCGGGUGAAAUCGCCGCCAAAGGCGGCCAGUCCUAUGGCCCCGUUUCUGGAGACCUUGAUGCUUUCAAUCAUGGAGGAGUCGCAUAUCCCAAAAUUCCACCCGUUCCGCGCUCCGUUCAGCGCUCAGCUGUGCUCCGAUCUCCGCUCGCUGUCGGGAAUUGCCAUGGAGUCUCUGGAGUCGGAGCCAGAGCGGGGCCCGGAAGGAUUGAAGAAGCUGCUGCAGGAAAUCGAAGCGAUGUAUACCUUAGAGGUCGCGGAGCUGCGUGCCAAAGUCACGGAGCUUCAGUCGCAGCUGCCCUACGAACGCGCCGUGGGGCCUCGAAACAUCUCCCCGCAGCUGGCGGCGGUGCAGCCACAGGAGCAACAUGUCGUGUCGAAAGCUGUCUUCGACAUUGACAAUGGAAUCAGUGUCAAAAGUGACGUCAUGGAACGGGAGCAGGGAAGUCGGGAGUUGGAUGAUGAAACAAGCAAGAAGCUGCAAGAGUAUGAAAGGAAGUUGGGCCCUCUGAGUCUGAUGCCACUGCGCUCGGGUUCCAUGCAAUCCUCCGCAUAUUCCAUCGAUGGCCCCCCAAGCCCCAUUCCCAUCGAAGAGGAGGAAGAGGAAGAUGUUGCGGAGACCAAUGCCUUUGACCGUUUCGCAGACCUCUUCUUGGGGCCUCAUUUCGAGUUCGUCAUUUGCAUGCUGCUCUUGGUGAAUUUGAUCAUGAUGGCGGCACAAUUGCAAUACCACGGCAUGCGAACUGGCUAUUCGAUUUCCUACCCCAGACAUCUGACACCUCCGGAGGAGAUGUGGCCCUAUGCUGAGGCGGUCUUCGAGUGGGGAGACUGGAUCUUUGCCAUCAUUUUCACCAUAGAGAUGUUUAUUCGUCUUGGCAAAAUCCGGUUGCAGUUUUUCCGACACUUCCUGAAUUGGAUCGAUUUCGCGGUGGUUUGCGGCAGCUGGGUGGAACUUUUUGCGGCGAGUCUGCCCACUUCCCCCACCUUUCUACGGAUGCUUCGCCUGGGCAAACUGCUCCGUGCGGUGCGUGUGGUGCGACUCUCGCAAGUGUUGGAAUCUUUGCAGCUGCUCUUGAAAUGCAUCGCGGCCUCCUUGAAGAUCCUCUUCUGGUCCUUGGUGCUGCUAAUGGUCAUCCAGUGCAGCGCGGGGAUGACCAUCUCCUAUAUGCUCAGUGACUUCAUGGUGACUGACGAUGGCAACGAAGAGGCCCGCUUCCAAGUUUACCACUACUACGGCACCUUCUCCAAGACGCUACUCACUAUGUUUGAAGUGCUCUUCGCUAAUUGGGCUCCUGCGUGUCGCGUGCUCAUUGACAAUGUUAGCGAAUGGUAUUCCGUGGCCUUCAUUGUGUAUCGUUGCUUCGUAGGCUUUGCCGUGUUGAAUGUUGUGAACGCCGUCUUCGUGCAAAGCACCAUGAAGGUGGCCCUGGCCGACGAGGAGAUUAUCUCCAACGAGAAGGCGCGAUCGCAAGAGACCUAUCGGCGCAGAGUGAAUCACAUCUUUCGUCAGGCUGAUGUCUCAGGAGAUGGGAUCAUCGAUCUGCCGGAGUUCAUUCGACUGCUGGAGCACCCACAGCUGCAGGUAUGGCUACACUUGCUUGAACUUGAUACCACCGAUCUUUUUGGGCUCUUCAAAAUGUUGGACGACGGAGAUGGCGAAAUCUCCGUGGAAGAGUUCGAGGCAGGCAUAAAGAGGAUGAAAGGCACGGCAAAAAGUUUGGAUCUGCACAUGUUAGCCCACACCGUCAUGAAGAUCAACGCCAAAGUGGAUACUUUGCUGGGCUCGAGCGGAGGUGCUUUGCGGAAAAGUUUCGGCACGAGAAGCUUGAGCAAUUUGGGCAAACCAAAGCUGAAGUCCAAGAAGUUGUGAGGGCCCAAAGCGGCGCCCAAAACUUUGGGCCUUUGUCUUCCUGAUAGUUAUAUAGAUAAUAGCACAGAACCCAAGGAACGCUGCGAAGUAAAGGUCACACCAGGGACCCUAGGGACCCUGCCCAGCCUUUCCCGGAAUUCCUGUUGAUUUCGGG